CUCACACUACUGUGCCACAGGGUAUCAAGCUCCACUAUGGCACGUAGUGUGCCUGUGACAGCAAUGGCUACUGAGAGUGGUGAGAAUGAAAGACUUUCUUAUGCAGUGUCAGCUAUGCAAGGAUACCGUGAAACUAUGGAAGAUGCUCACAAAGCUGUUUUAAAUCUUCAUGCUGCAACUGCCACAUCAUUCUUUGGUGUUUAUGAUGGCCAUGGAGGACCUGCUGUUUCAAAGUACUGCGCAAAACACUUACACAAAGAGCUUCGCAAACAUGCAGACUUUGGUCAUGAUCCCACUACUGCACUUGAGAGAACGUUCUUAAGGAUGGAUGAGAAGAUGAAAACCAGGAAGGCAGCAAAGGAAUUAUGUGAAUAUGGUGGUAAUGAAUAUUGGGAAGACUAUAAAAAGGCUAUUCACAGCACUCGUUUUCUACCUUUCUGUCGGCAGAAGCCUCCCUAUGAUGGGCCAACUUCAGAUGGAUGUACCGCAUGUGUGGUUCUCAUUAGAGGCAACCAAAUCAUUGUAGGGAAUGCUGGUGAUUCUCGUUGUGUACUCUCAAGGAAUGAUCAUGCAUUUGCGUUAUCUACCGAUUUCAAACCAAAUGUCGCAAGCGAAAGAGCAAGAAUAGAAGCUGCAGGACGUUCUGUAACUGUAAAUGCAGAGAGAGGAAAUAUCCCUCGUAUUGAUAAUGGAAUUGCGAUCUCAAGAUCGCUUGGUGACAUGGCAUACAAGAAUAUCCAAGGUUUAUCUCCCCUACAACAACCAAUUACUGCCUUUCCUGAAGUUCUCACUGGAAAUAUAACUCAUGAUGCACAGUUUCUUAUUUUAGCAUGUGAUGGAAUCUGGGAUUGCAUGACAAACCAGCAAGCAGUUGAUUUUGUAAGCAUAUACUUAGCUUCUAACGUAAGCCUGGCGUACAUCUGUGAGGCCAUUCUUACACACUGCGUAGCAACCCCUAGAGGGAGGGACAACAUGACUGUCAUGCUGAUUCGGUUCAAGAUCACCCCAGCUCCGCCACCGCCACCCCCAAACAUCCCACCUGCCGGUGGCCAUCAUGAUGAUGAGGCGCCGCCAGCUGCUACCACAGCCAAAGUUGGUUCGUGCUCGCACUCCAAGAGCUCAGAGCUUUGAGUUCGUUUUGUCUGGAAAAGAUGAGCUUGCUUACCAUGGUUCGUUCAUGUGGUGCAUCUUAUCCCCGACAGAGUUUUGGAGUCGUUUUAUCAGGACAAGAUGAACUUGAAUUUUGUCUGCUAUAGAAUGAUUUCCUAUGAGAGUAGCUUGUCGUACUAGGUACUGACGACGGAGGUUUUGGCCUGCGAGCUGAGCCAUAUGUUUGGGUUAACACACCAAUAUUCUUGUUUUGUACGGUCUGGAGGAUGCUUAUUGCCUAGUACUUUUUCUAAUGGCUAUUAC